AUGCCAUUCAACAGAAAAUCUCCGAUUUUGGGCCAAUGUUUCGAAAAUUCGUUGGCUAUAAUAAAGGCUGAAAAUGUAGCCUUGCGUGAAGAAUGUGAGGUCCUGAAAAACAAAGUUGGAACUCUCUCAGGAGAACUGAACUGCGUUAAAGAUCAGGUUCUUGACAUGCAGCAGUACAGCAGGUUGAAUAACCUCGAAAUUGUUGGUGUCCCCCUGACCGACCGAGAGAAUAUUUACUCCGUUCUCAACUCCCUGGCCAACGCUAUCGAUACGCCUUGGCGUCGAGAGGAUGUAUCAAUCGCUCAUCGCCUUCCCAGCACCAGGAAAGAUCGUCCACCGAGCAUCGUCAUCCGUUUCGUGAGCAGAUCGAUCAGAGCGGACUGGUUGGCAGCAGCUAGAAACAAAAGGAACUUGAGCACCGUGCAUCUCAGCUCCAGCUUCCAGCCGGCUCCAGUAUUUGUCAACGAGCAUCUGACUGCCCACGUUAAGUCACUAUUAAGUCAGGCUAAGAAAAUGGUCAAGGAAAAACAGCUUGCCUACGCCUGGGUUAAAGAAGGUAGAAUCCUUGUAAAAGUAACUGCAGAUGGCCGUACCAAGAGAGUGGAAUAG